AUGGAUACCGUUAACGAAAGAAGUGGUAGUGGAGUUCAAAGUAGAACUACAUAUUCUAAUACACCAACAAAUAUUACCCUUGGGUUUGAUAAGAACGAAGGAAAUACUCAAAGUCGACCCUAUAAUUCUUAUCAAACUACAAAGGCCGGUUUUAGUUUAAUAGAUCUUAAUGCUUUGGUGAAAAGUACACUUGAGCAAGCUAAAUUUGAACCAGAAGUAGUUCAUGCAGCUGCACAGUUGCUGCUAUUAUCAAACCCAGACAUAAAUAGUGGUUAUUUGGUCGAUUCAAGUUCUGGUAUCUUGGAUGUUGCUUCAAAUCGAUCAAGUGCUAUGUCUUUAUCAAAUUUACUCUUGCCAGAUGACGGUGGCUCAUCAUCAAAAGCUACGUGA